GCCCCCUAGGAAGAACUCAAAUAGCUACUGAUAGUUCUUACUAGUACUCAGAUAAACCAAGCCGUCACAGCUGUAAGAUCGCAACACAAACCAUCGAACUAAAACGCCGACCAGAGUUCGACGCAUGCACCGCACCACUGCAGCAAUCGAUAAGGUCACUGAACGGGCACUUAUAAUGAGCCAGUAUUUCCAGCUACCUGCAAGAACGCAGAAAUUUGGUUAUCCAGACUCAUGUUAUGAUGACGUUCGACUUCUACAUAGACCCGCUGAAGGAUUGUCGCCUCCGCUAAAGAGAAAUUGCGAUAGCCCCGUGAGUACGGCCCGUGAAGAGACCCGUAUCAAAAUAGAGGAACUGGAAAGAAGUGAGGAGGAAAAUGGAAUCGUGGUUCUUAAAAAAGUCGAAAGUUCUGAAGAAGACAGUCGAGUAACUGAAGAUGAUGAUAUGAAGCAGGCGGAGGAUCACAAAGAGGAAGAUGAGGCCGCAAAGGAUGACGAUAAAAACGCAGAGACAUUUGUGGCAGUUAUUGCGCAGUCCAUUUUAAGUGUCCCAACUAAACGCAUGACUCUCAGCUCUAUCUAUAGCUUUAUUGCCAAAAAUUACCCGCACUUCGACAAAGAGAAAGGUCCUGGCUGGCGUAACAGCGUGCGACACAAUCUAUCAAGCAACGACUGCUUCGUGAAGGCAAGUCGCGCGGAAAAUGGCAAGGGCCACUACUGGAUGAUACAUCCAAAAGAUCUGCCCGAAUUCUCCAAGGGGAAUUUCCGUCGCAGGCGCAAGCCCAGGCGUCCUAAGUGUAGUCAUUCGCUGAUGUUCCGCGAUGCCCCCCUUUAUUAUCACUCAUAUGGCCUUGGUUAUUCGCCGUACGCCUAUGCACCCUUGCGCGCAAGCCAAGAGCCCGUAGAAUCCGGUCUACCCUUACCACCGUACGGGUCAACAGAGAGAGCGCUUGCGCAUAGACUUAGAGCAAGACCUGGACUUUUAUCUGCUUAUAACGACAGAGCAGGCAUGCUCCCUUACCCGUACUCGUAUCCUUCCAUGCUCUCGUACCGGGGUCUUGGCGAGGCUGGGAGAACAACGUACCCGGGACUAGGUGGUCACCAUAACUCAUCCUUUCACCCGGUGCACCAGCAUUCAUGUAGCUGCCAUCGAUAAUCACGAACUUAUCAGGAAUUCACACACAAAAUUGAAUUAUAAGACAGCAAGAGAAAUGCUUUAUUAUCAUAUUUGUACAUAAUACAAAAGCAUUACACGCUUAUUUUAACUAGUUUAAAUGUCUUUUCAGAAGAGAUACAUUAUAUCCAUGGACAGGUAGAGUGCGAAAAGAGGGAAGAUCGUUUCUCUGUAAUCUCUUAAAGCACUGGUUUGAAGCCUUUGAACUCUAGCUCUGUCUUUUUCAUAGACUUAUUAGCUUGUAAGUUGCAUUGUUUAACAAAGGAAGACACCUUUAACUUAAGGGGUUUAAAACCUUUUUGUGAGUUGGUCUAAAGAUGGGUAAAAAUUGAAUCACGGGUUUAACAAAACAAUGCUUUUCGACGUUUUUCAUUAUUUGUUAAGUCAAAUUAGGCAGAGAAUCGAAUAAGUCUAUUUAUUCAUUCGGACUUCAAACUUUGCAUUCAGAACAAAGUUUUUGUCAACUCAUUGACUUAAGAUAAAUUUUAAACUUCAGUGUUUUAAUGUCACCCAAGCACAAAUUCAAACAAACGUUAACACCGGCCUCCAAGCUCGCCGGCGUCUUUUGAAGUGGAUCAUUCUGUCUUGAAUCAGUAAAUCUCUCAAAAUGGUUAAAAAAAAUUAUUUAAAAGAAUUAGAAAAAAGAUGUUUUGUUCGACUUUGAAAUGUCAUUGUACGGGUUAUUUGUUCUGGUAGUUGUUGUAAAUACGCUUUUGUAAAUUACAUUUCAUACCCGGUUAGUCUGCUAGGUCAACAUACCGACUGGAAAUAUUACGUUGUGUUUCAAGAAAGUGAAAGCCUAAGCUAAUAUUGACAAAACUGACUCGAAAAACGGAAAA